AUGGGGGCACAUAAAUGCUUUCGGUGUGGAAAGAAUUUCAGAUACAGAUCAAAGCUCCUUGUGCACCAAAAAAUACACACAGGGGAGAAACAUUUUCAGUGCUCCGAGUGUGGAAAGAACUUCAGUCACAGAGGCCCUCUUCAACAGCAUCAAAGAACCCACACUGGGGAGAACCCUUUUGUAUGCUCUGAGUGUGGAAAGAGAUUCACUCAAAAUGGGCCCCUUCAAAGACAUCGAAGAACCCACACAGGGGAGAAACCUUUUGAAUGCUCAGAGUGUGGAAGGAGAUUCAGUCAAAGUAGCAAUCUCAAAAAGCAUCAAAGAACCCACACACGGGAGAAACCUUUUACAUGCUCAGAGAAUGGAAAGAGAUUCAGUCGCAGUGGCAAUCUUCAACAGCAUCAAAGAACCCACACAGGGGAGAAACCUUUUGAAUGCUCAGAGUGUGGAAAGAGAUUCAGUCUCAGUGGCAAUCUUAAACAGCAUCAAAGAACCCACACAGGGGAGAAACCUUUUGCAUGCUCAGAGUGUGGAAAGAGAUUCAGUCAGAGUAGCAAUCUUCAAAGCCAUCGAAGAACCCACACAGGGGAGAAAGCUUUUGCAUGCUCAGAGUGUGGAAAGAGAUUCAGUCAGAGUAGCAAUCUUCAAAGACAUCGAAGAACCCACACAGGGGAGAAACCUUUUGAAUGCUCAGAGAAUGGAAAGAGAUUAUGUCACAGUGGCAUUCUUCAACAGCAUCAAAGAACCCAUAUAGGGGAGAAACCUUUUGCCUGCUCAGAGUGUGGAAAGACAUUCCAUUUCAAUGGCAAACUUCUACAGCAUUUAAGAACCCACACAGGGGAGAAACCUUUUGAAUGCUCAGAGUGUGGAAAGAGAUUCAGCCAGAAUGGCAAACUUCUACAGCAUUUAAGAACCCACACAGGGGAGAAACCUUUUGAAUGCUCAGAGUGUGGAAAGAGAUUCAGCCAGAAUGACAAUCUUCAACAGCAUCAAAGAACCCACACAGGGGAGAAACCUUUUGAAUGCUCAGAGUGUGGAAGGAGAUUCAGUCAAAGUAGCAAUCUUAAAAAGCAUCAAAGAACCCACACAGGGGAGAAACCUUUUGCAUGCUCAGAGUGUGGAAAGAGAUUCAGUCACAGUGGCAGUCUUCAUACGCAUCAAAGAACCCACACAGGGGAGAAACCUUUUGACUGCUCUGAGUGUGGAAAGAGAUUCAGCCAGAAUGGCAAACUUCUACAGCAUUUAAGAACCCACACAGGGGAGAAACCUUUUGAAUGCUCAGAGUGUGGAAAGAGAUUCAGCCAGAAUGACAAUCUUCAACAGCAUCAAAGAACCCACACAGGGGAGAAACCUUUUGAAUGCUCAGAGUGUGGAAGGAGAUUCAGUCAAAGUAGCAAUCUUAAAAAGCAUCAAAGAACCCAC